GAAUUCUGAAUACAGGUGCUCAGACAGUCUCUGGUGUCUAAGGCAAAUCUUUACAUUUUCCUCGCUGAAUCUAACUAACCCACUGACAGAAGAUGGACAAAACCGUCAGUCUACCAAGUCAACCGCACACGACUACAGUUAAUCUGGUGGAAUCCACCAGUAAUCCCAGUGGUCUGCAGUUGGUAAGCACGUACCAAACUAAUCGAAUUGGUGAUCCUAUGGACCUUGUGGCACUGGCACAGCAAGUACAGAAGGGUGAUGAAUUUGUCAGAGCAAAUGCCUGCAACAAACUGACUGUUAUUGCUGAUCAGAUAAGGUACUUACAAGAGCAAGCAAGAAAGGUCUUAGAAGAUGCAAAGAAAGAUGCUGAUCUCCAUCAUGCUGCCUGCAAUGUUGUGAAAAAGCCAGGGAAUAUGUAUUACUUGUAUUUGCGUGAAUCUGGACAGCGUUACUUCUCCAUUGUGUCUCCUAAGGAGUGGGGUUCAAGCUGCCCACACAAAUUUCUCGGUGCAUACAAACUACAAUAUGAUAUGUCAUGGACUCCAUUUGAAGACGUUGAGAAGAGAGAUGCUGAGAUCGGUAUUAUGGAAAAACUGCUGAAUCAGCAAGCUGCUUUACCGUCAUGUACAGAGCCCAACUUUCAAGGGCUGACAAAGUGAAGGAGAUCUGAUUUAUUGUUUUAACUGCUCAUUUUAGAGGCCAUAUAGUCUUAAUGAGUAAUAAUGGAAAUUUACUCAAAAUUAAUCAGCCCGUGUCUUACUUAUGUGAAAUGUAUGUGGAACACACUGCUUUUUUUUUUCAUUUUAGUGGUAAAACACAAAAUGAGCCAAAGAACUUUUCUGUAUUUUCUGUUCAAAAUACUUCUCUGACAGUUUUGGGGAAAAUAUAGGUCCAAUAAGCAAGAAUGUUUUAAAAGUACUUGAUGGUUGGAAUAAUAUCACAAUUUGUAUUUCACUCUUCUAUUUGUCUGUAUGAAAUCUCCUUUGGCAAUAUGUACUGAGCUAACAGUACAACACAUAGUGUUCGACCUCUGUUUUGUAGGUCACUGAGUACAUGUACAGGAUAUUUUAUCUAUUUAUCUCUCUCUAUUCUCACUCUGCGUACCUACUUUAAUUAUUUUUAAUGGUCUUUUACCACAGAACAUGUGUCAGAACAUAUUUGAGAUGUGUUUAUAAACCUUUAAUUUUUUUCUCUUAUUUGUAAUUAGUUAUUGUAGACGUAAGUUCUGUUUAUCCAUGAAACAAUGUCUAUGCUUUUUGUCUCAACUGUAUGGUAAACAUUUUGAAUGAAAGUGGAUUAAAGUCUUUUCACAAAACUGUAUUUUUUUGUAUGAAACUU